AUGGGUGAGACCCCUAUCCCCAACGAUAUUUACACGGCUCUCCACGACAAUAACUUUAUCCCUGACCCAUAUUUUGGGUCGAACGAUGAGUAUUUGAAAUGGAUCGGAAGGGCUCCUUGGUCGUUCUUCACCGUCUUCAAUCUCACCACUGAAGAGAUGAAUGUAAGGGCAGCUUUGCGAGUAGAAGUAGUUGAAUAUGAGAGUAAAUACAAAUUAAAAAUAAUUUAAAGGAAACUUAAAAUAAUUGCAGUAAGAGCACAAGUUCACCUUGAAGAGUAACAAUCACUGUUUAUUUAUAGAAGGUGAAGGUGAUCGAAUUCAAAGGAGUAGACACGAUCGCUUCUGUCACUGUAAAUCAGGAAUUCGUCGGAAACACAAACAAUAUGUUCCGAACGUUCGCUUUCAUCGUCAACAACACAAUAUUGAGAGAAAACAACGAAGUCGUAGUUAACAUCGAGUCGCCAGUUAAUUACGCUGAAACCCAGUUUCAGGAAUACAAGGUAACAGAGUCAAUAUAAAGUGCAGAAACAUAAUAACAACUAUGUUAGGUAAAUCAAAUAAAGUCAAAAGUAAAUUAACAAGGAAAGUUCCCUACCUGCCCCGCUCAGAAUCAGCUCAAAAUUUUUAUAUGAAUUCUUUGUACCACCAAUAGUACCCAUAAAAAAUUUUAGCUCGCGCUCUUGAGUUUUAAAUUUAAAUUAUUUGGGUUUCCCGCCUAUUUGGCAAAUUUGGCAUUGUGUUUCAAGCACUUUUUUCAGCUUUCCAGACGAGAUACGCUUACAAAUUUAAAAAUGUAGGUUUUUUUAAAGGUUAUCUACUAGUAUAUUAAAGAAAAAUAAUUAACAGUCAAAAAAUGACAAAGUUACAAGCUUGAAACACAAUGCCAAGUUGGCGGGAAAUUCAAAAUGCCAUUUUUCAAUCUCGAUUUUCUCGAGAUUUCCUGGAAAGCGCGAUUUAGUACUUUGCUGAAGAUCUUAUAUUUAAAUGAUCUUUCUAUAUAAAAAGUUUGAAGUCAAUCAGAGCGGGGCAGGUCGGGCACUUUCCUUGUAAGUCCAAAGAUUAAGUUUCACAAUUUAAAAACGUUGAAUUAGUAAACAAGCUAAUGCUACCAACUUUCAGAACAUAACAGGGGAUGAAGUACCACCCGUAGAAGCCCCAAAGGUCCAAAAAGGAGAGUCCCAUUUCAAUUUCAUUCGAAAAACCCAGUCUAGCUUCAGCUGGGACUGGGGACCGUCAUUUCCCACAGUAGGCAUCUACCAACCUGUAUAUUUACAUUCCUUUGACCACUUUAAACUAACACAAUUCUCUCCGUAUGUCUACUACAGUAACAACAGUAAGUAAAAAAACAAUAAUACUAAAACAAUAUAAAUAGAAGAUCUCUCAACUUCUUUUUCUGUAAUGUAAGUUUCUUUUACAGGCUUCUGGAUGACAAUAACAGUUUAUUACUACUGUAAACCGGACUCCGAGCUGAACAUAUACUUCAAGGUAGAGAUACCAGAGAUAAAAUACCGGAAGAAACAUUAUUCAAACCCAAAAUGCACUGCGUUUGCCCAACAGCUGACUAUACCAGAACAUAUUGUACCAACUAACAAUAUUAAAUUGUGGUACCCACGAGGAUACGGCAGCCAAACCAUGUAUAACAUAACAUUAAAGACAACAAAUGGAAACAAAAAAGAGAGUUUAACCAAGAAAAUAGGCUUCAAAAAAGUCCUGUUAGAUCAAAGUUUAGUGAAUAAAGAUAACAUAACGACGGGAAACAACUUUGCUUACUACGUCAACGACAUUCCAGUGUUCUUGAAAGGUAAUAUCGAUAACAGAUUAAUAUUGUCCAACAAAAAACUUAACAAUACUACCACUAAAUACAACUAUAAAAAAGAGAAACCUAAAUAUAACAGCAGUACCAACUUACAAUCGACCUUAUUUUAGGUGCCAACUUCAUCCCGGCUUCUGUCUUUCCGUCGAAAUUCAAAGAGAAACAGCUCAACUUCUUGAUGCAUUCGAUUGUAGAAGCCAACAUGAACACUUUGAGAGUUUGGGGUGGAGGUGAAUGGCUUCGAGACAAGUUUAUUGAAGCGGCCGACGAAAUGGGUAUCCUGAUAUUCCACGAUCUGACAUUUGCCUGCGCUUUGUAUCCUACAAACAAAGAGUUUCUAGACAAUGUAAAAAAAGAAAUCAAAGAGCAAGUAAGUUUUUUUAAAGAUAAGUUUAUUUAAUUUUCCUACAACAAAGUAAAAAGCCAGCUUUGUCCAUAUUCAAUCAAAUUAUUGAUUUAUUACCAUAGAUAACAUAAAACUAACUUUUAGGUAUUAAGACUUAGACCACACGCUUCUUUAUUAAGCUUUUCUGGUAACAAUGAGUUAGAAGCAGCUAUAAGACAACAAUGGUGGCCAUCAGAAAAGUAUAACCAGACGAAACAAAUCCAAGAUUACCUGAAUUUGAUGAAACCUGUCUUGGAGACAGUCAAACGAUAUUAUCCAUCUGGCGUCAUAUUGAGAUCAAGCCCAUCGAAUGGCGGAGCAGAAAUGUACGAACUUAUAUAAUUAUUUACAUUAGUUACUUUUUUAUAUUUUUAUUUUUUUACUUCCGCUAACAAAAUUUUGUUUUUAUUUCGAGCGGAAUGUCACAAUUGAUCGAUAAUCAGGAACUUUUUAAAAUUUACAAAAAAUUGUUUCAGGGAGGUUGAUAAAAACCCUAAUGAUGAGUUGUUUGGUGAUAUUCACUACUACAACGAGUUCAUCAAUCUUUAUAAGACUUUUAAUCUCCAAACUCCACGAUGUGCUACAGAAUUCGGCGUUCCAUCGUUCCCGUUGUCUUCGACGAUGAAGAAAUACGUGAAUGCUUCUGAAUACAAGUACUUCAGCAAGGCAAUGUUGGCCCGUAAUCACCAUAUGUUUGGAGUCUUUACAUUACCGUUGAUGGUUAUGAAGCACUUUUCGAUUCAGGAUACAGAAUCCUUGGGAUCUUUCUCGUAUUUGACACAGAUACAUCAAGCGAUCGCUUUACAGACCCAGAUUGAGCAUUACCGUAGUUACAGGAGUGUGUUGACUGAGGAUGGGAAAGGACAUACAAUGUGUGCAUUAUAUUGGCAGUUGAACGAUGUCUGGAGCGGCAUCACUUGGAGCACGAUAGACUUUGACCAGAGAUGGAAAGUGGCUCAUUACUAUGUCAAAAAGGCCUUCAGAGACGUGUUAGUGAGCAUGGUAUGUUGUUGUGCUUUAAUCUAUUCUUUGUUUAUGAGAAAUGUAAUUAUGAAAUGUAAUGCCUUGUUGUUGUAUAUAACUUUUCAAGCUUAUCAUUCUUGUAGCAUCUCGACGAACACGGAAAUCUACAAGUUUUUGUUGUGAACGACCUUGCCGUGCCCUUAACCAACGCAAAACUAACAAUCGAGGCAUUCCAAUUGAACACAGAGUUCAAGAAAAGGUUGUUAUCAGAGAACAAACUCGAUGUAGCUGCCUUAUCAUCUCGAAAGAUACGAACACAAUCGUAUUCCCCUGAUUUGUCUGAUCUUUUCUUGAAGGCGUCAUUGUUUAGUUAUGACAAACUUGUAACUUCCAAUGUUUUGUCACCUGAUUACCUAUCUGAAUAUCUUGUUAGGGAUGUAAAUGUUACGGUUACUGACGUUGUAAGAGUAGAACAUUCGACUUACAAGUUGAAGUUACUCUCCAGAGAUGUUGUACCUUAUGUUUGGUUGGAUUUGAAGCCAAGGUUGUUGACAUCAGAUAUUAGAUAUCAUUUCAGUGAUAACGGCUUUACUAUCUUGAGUAAUGUAACAAGUGCGUACUUAUAUAUUCUAGAUGGGGAUGUUGGGGAUAUUAAAGUAGAUGACAUUUCUGUUUGUUGGGUCUAUAACUGUCAAUAA